UCAUAAAAAUGUCACAGAGUUUGUGUUUAUGGGCCUUUGGAAAAAUAGACACAUAGAGCUGCUGUUCUGUCUCUUGUUCCUGCUUUGUUACCUGGCCGUGUUAAUGGGGAACUCUGUCAUCCUACUCACCAUCACUUACAGCCACUUAAUCGAACAGCCAAUGUACUAUUUUCUCUGCCACCUUUCCCUCAUGGACCUCUGCUACACCUCCACCGUGGUGCCCAGGCUCAUCAGGGACUUGUCUGCAGCAAGAAAAAACAUUUCCUAUAAUGAAUGCAUGACCCAGCUCUUCACUGCCCACUUGCUGGCAGGUGUGGAAAUCUUCAUCCUGGUGUCCAUGGCCUUGGAUCGCUAUGUUGCCAUUGUCAAGCCCCUGCACUACAUGACAGUCAUGAACAGGAAGAGAUGUGAUAUGCUGAUUGUCAUGGCCUGGACAGUGGGGUUCUGGCACUCCAUUGCUUUACUUCUCAUGGUGCUCAGUCUGCCUUUCUGUGGUCCCAAUCACAUUAAUCACUACCUGUGUGAUGUCAAGCCUCUUUUGAAGCUGGUGUGUAAAGAUAUUCAUGUAGUUAGUAUUUUAGUAAUUGCCAACUCUGGGAUGGUGGUGGUUGCCAUUUUUCUUGUACUGGUUGCUUCUUACAUACUCAUCCUCUAUAAUCUGAGAAGAAGAUCAUCUGCAGGGAGACGCAAGGCUCUCUCCACCUGUAGUUCUCAUGUAAUGGUGGUAGUUUUAUUUUUUGUGCCCUGUAUUUAUACCUAUGUUCUACCUGCAGGAAGUGAGAAUAAGGAUAAGGAAAUUUCUGUGUUUUACACUGUGAUUGCCCCCAUGCUGAAUCCCCUUAUCUACACUCUGAGAAACACUGAGAUGAAAAGUGUCAUGCACAAGGUUUGGUCUCGAAUGUCACAUUCAGAGUUGAAAUAAAUGAAAUAU